AUGAUUGGAAGGUUAGUGAAGUUGGAACUUCUGUAUGGCUUGUCAGUUGGCGAUAGUGGUCUUUUCCAGAGGCUGAUGCUGAGUAACAGCGGACUGCCGAGCAUCUUCGAGAAUCGACGUUUGUCGUUUCCCGAGUUCCUUUUGUCGAGAUUGCCCCCUACUAUGUUGCGUAAAGCUGCGCCCGGGGAGACGUUUGACUACAUUGUGGUGGGCGGUGGUGGAUCAGGUUGUCCUUUGGCGCGUACGUUGGCGGAUGCGGGUUACAAGACGUUGUUAAUAGAGCGAGGAGGGCUUCGGGAAGAGCAUCCAGUGACAUGGACUUUAGACGGUUCGGGGGCGACCCUGAUGGACGCGCAGGUUAGUCAGCCUGUGGUGACGACGGAGGGUUAUAUCUCUCACAUAGGUCGUGUGCUUGGCGGCGGUACAUCAGUCAAUCUAGGUUUUUACAUUGAAGGCAAUGAUAUGGAGUCGACUGUGGAGUUUCAGGAUAGCGGCCUCUGGCAGCAAUCGGUGCUAUGGCUUCGAGACCGACUAGCGUUUCCGGCGGACCAUAGCUCAGUCUAUGAUAAACAUUUACAGCUGUUUAUGGAGGGUAUCACCGCCAAUAAUUCCGUUGGAAAUUCUCCCGAAUAUGUGCGAGGACGCACAUGGAAUGGUAUGAGUCUCUUUGAGACGAACACCAGGUUCCGGGCGUCUGCCGAUACACUAUUAGGCCCUAUUGACCAGUACCCACCUAGUCUGGUCCUAAGUGUUAAUACGACAGCAACGAAAAUUACAUUUGUUCGAAAUCUUGAGGAUCGCUUCCUCAGAGCUGACUGUGUCGAGGUGGAAGACACCGCCGGGACGGUGGCUCUGCUCUCCAAGCCGGAGUCCGUAGUUGGCAUUCUGCAAAGCGAGAACACUCUUAGAUCAUGGAUCCGAUGGUACCCAAACAUUGUGCGCUUUAUUGGGUCUUUGUUUCAACGACGGAAACCAGCCCCUAAUAAGUAUCAGGUCUGCCUCAAUGACCACCCGGACUCCAAGAUCAUAUCCUCCGCUGGAGCUAUCCUCACUCCUGCCCUGCUCUACCAGUCAGGCAUCGGCCCGCUUGAAGAGACUAGACGCCUUGGAGUGCACAACAUUCUUCCUCUUAGACACCUGGGCCGUAACUUGGGGGACCGAGUCUUUCUACCCAUCGCCUUCUUCUUCAAGCGGCACAUACCAAACCUCUUUGACCCAGCCAUCCUAAGGUCGGCCGCUCUGUGGGACGCAACCACAACAUUCAACAAUCGAGGUUCCGUGUUUGCAAACACCACUCAGAGGCCCAUCCAAGAGUCUGUGGUCCCAGAGUCGAUGAUCCAAGAUCAGGCCACCCACCAGGGGUCUUCGGAUGCCGAAGUGUCCUUGGAACAAGUGCCUUAUGCCGAAGGCAUGGGAAGACAUAAACCGCGUUAUAGAACGCAAAUGAGCGCCCUGAAUGACUUGCUACAGAUCUCAGACCCGUCCCCCUCGGAAGACCAAGCGAUACUACAAGACCAAGUUGCUCCCGAAGGUCAGGAAGGGCCGGAGGACGCGUCCAUCCCGGAAUCGAUGCCGGAGUCGGGGCGUGAAUCGGUGGAUGACGGCCUGCGCGAUAAGCACGCGUUUUCGUCGAAGGAGUUGGAGCAGAUGCUUCACUCUCACAUGUCUGUGGAGCACUCCCGCUGGUUAGCAAGCAAGACCGCGGGCGAGAAUGAUGUAGAACAGGGUGAUGUGGACCAGCGCGGUGAGGAACAUGGUGGUGAGGACCAGGACGAGGAUAUCGGACUGGACGGUGUGCGGGACGAAGAGGGUCGGCUGGUCUUCCAGGGGGUGGGAGGUAUGGGUGGUUUUAGGAGCGGUCGGAGUUUGGUCGGAUUGGAGGAGAUUUCAGGCGGGUUAAUGACAACGGGUUGUGGAGUAGCGACGCGCUAUUUCUUUCCGCCGUUGUUGCGAACAUCGGCGGCUGUGGACGUUGCACUAGACACAUUGUUCGGUUGUGCGACGCAUCGACCAGGACCAGAGGGCGGUCGGGGCGUGUUUUCGCUUUGUGCAUUGGUGGACCCGAUCCUGAGUUGUUUCCGACAUAGUGCAGCUCUUGUUUACUUGCUACCUCAGCCCAAGUCGCUUGGUCAGGUUAGCAUUGGUGGCCCGGAUGGGUCUAGCGUGACGGUGCAGGGCAACUACUUUAAGGACGACCGAGACGUCGUUUCGGCGACCAUCGGGCUGGCAAACAUCUUGCAGGCGUUGGACAAUUCAACCAUCUUUGACGAGGUCUUUGAGUUCUCCUCCUCUUACCCAGCUCCCGCCUCGUCUUACCGCGGACCCGCCGUGACCCUCAACCCGGGGGCACCCUCGACUGCCGCACUCCUGAGUGGUCGGAGCACGUGUCCCGUAUUGAUUCGAGACAAGUUGAGUACGUUGUUCCAACGGAUCACGGGCAUGUUGACACCGUACCUGAGUCUGCAGGAAGCACGGGUGGCCGUUGAGGAACUGCCCGAGGACCUUAACAGCUUCAGCCGCUACGCCUCCUUCCCGGCCGUUCUACCUAACCCCUAUGACGCCGACGAUGUCGCCGCUUUCGUCCAAAGGGCCUCCACCAGCAUGUGGCACUGGUACGGAUCCGCACGUAUUGGCCGAGUCGUAGACUCCAACUUCGCCGUAGCCGGCACCCGUCGUCUCUCCAUCGUAGAUGCUGGGGUAAUCAGCCGCUUACCGAAAAUGAACCCCCAAGUCGGCGUCAUGACACUCGGCCGCUAUGCCGCUCUUACCAUACUCCGCAAACGCACCAAACCAGCUACUUGGACCACCUAA